UCCUGAAGCGCAACUUUAUUCUCCCAGAGUGCACGAGUAAGGAAGCGAAGUUGCGUCGUUGCCGUCUGUUUGAGAACGCAAAGUUUGGUCGAAAACGCAAAGGAGCUACAAGACAAGUGCGUACUGCUUGAAUGAAUUUGAUUUAUGGUAUAUUUUUCAUUUCUGAUAUCCGAAGAAAAUAUCACCUGCGAUAGAUAAUACUAGAGGGUCUGAACGUAAUUCAGUACCAAUCAGAUUUGAUAAAUCGUUCAAGCGAGUGGUUUGAAUUGGUUGGUAUUUUUGCUAUCGCCGUUGAGCAAUGGCUACGAUUCCCGAAACGGUAAUUAGGUUCUUUGAGGCCGUAAAAUCUAACGACAUUGAAAAAGUCGUUGAAUUGUUAAAUAGUAAAGAAGUCGACGUGAACGCGGUAGACGUCACAAGAGACAAUCAAACAGCCAUUCAUAUAUGCGCAUUUCGCGGAUAUGAUAAAUUGUUGCGAACUCUCGUCGACGAAUAUAAUGCGGAUAUCAACAUUGCUGAUAAAGUAGGUGAAAUACCUUUGCAAAUUGCAUGUGAUAAAUAUAAUGUAAAAAUUGCCAAAUAUCUGAUAGAAAAGAAUUCAAAUUGUCCGGAAUACGCAGAGUCCUAUUUAAAUGACAAAUUAGUCGAUGAAUUGUUCGAAGCAGCCGAAUCGAAUGAUUUACAGAAAGUAACUGAACUCAUAAAAAACAAGAGCGUAGAUGUCAAUUCUGUAGACAAAGGUAAUUACAAUAGAACGAUCUUGCAUAUCGCUGUGAUGAAGGGAUACGAGGAGCUGGCUCGUUUACUUGUUGACGAAUUUAAUGCCGAUACCGACUAUGAGGAUGAAAUAGGCGAUACCGCGAAAAAUAUGGCCAUAGAUUACAAACGUGCCAAUCUAGCCGAAUUACUGGCGAGGAGCAAUAGCAACGAGUUGAAAUUCGACGCGGAAGUUGGUCGGUCAGAUUCUAAUCCGCAGUUGUGCAAAAAACCGAAGUAUAGUCAUCCGAUCGCCGAACCUGAUAAACCACUCAAAUCCUCAAUUACUUCCGAACAAUCUUACAGUACCAGUCAGUAA